AUGAAGACUAUUUGCUUGACGUGCCACGAUCCGGAGCGCGACGGCCAUGCCUGGACCGAGUGCACCAACCCGUGCUUUACGUGCGGCAAGGAGCACUUCCGCCAGGCAUGCAUCGAAGUGCCCGAGCUGUACGGCCACAAGGUGGACUGGAAGUUGCGCGAUCGCGCCACCGAACGCCUCCACCAGAAAGAGCGAGAUGCAAAGGUCAGGUACGACAAGGCCGCCCUUGAAGCGCAGGCCAUCGACAGGAUCUACAACCUCGUGAAAUCCGGACAGAUGGCCAUCCCACCCCGCAUCGAGGAAGAUGAAGAUGCAUCCGUUGUUCCUGCUCCUGCUCCCGCACCCGCGCCCGCCAGCGGCUCUAAGCCCAGUGCGAAAGGCAAGGGUCGGGAGAGCGGGCUCAACGCGGUCUUCACGCUCUUCGGUGUUGCCGCGUGGGUUGACCUCUGGCCAGACUGGCACACGCCAGACGCGAUGUUCACCAGUACGAAUGCUCGGGCUCGGACGCGCAAGCGCUUGAACGAGGAGGUGACCGGUAUUCGACCACUGGCUGCCGACUCUUUUCUCGUGCCCGUCUUGAAGGCCAAGGGCAAGUGGCCUCCUCCACCCCCAAUGAUACUGGCGGCGGAAGAGGAUAAGAUGGUGGAGUAG